AUGAUCAUUCUCGUGGAUCUGCUACUGAUGCUCAUCGACCUGACCUACGCUAUCCUGGCCGCUGUCGUCCAGACUUUCCUGCGGCCGAGGUUGAAGAGCAUCGAUGGGGAGGUGUGCCUAAUCACGGGGGCCGGGGGCGCCCUGGGCCGCCUCUUCGCCCUGGAGUUCGCCAAGGAGGGCGCGCACCUGGUGCUGUGGGACUGCAACACACCCGCCAACGAGCGCACCGCCCAGCUGGCUCGGGAGCUCGGCGUCAAAGUGCACGCCUACACGGUCGACCUUUCCCGCCGGGAGAGCAUUUACGAGGCGGCGGGGCGGGUGAGGACUGAGGUCGGGGACGUGUCCAUGCUGGUUAACAACGCGGGCGUGGUGGCCGGGAGGAGAUUGCUGGAGUGUCCCGAUGAGCUUUUGGAACGCACCCUGCUCGUUAACUGCCAUGCUUUAUUCUGGAUGACCAAGGCCUUCCUGCCACAGAUGAAGGCAAAGAAUCACGGUCACAUCAUAACUGUUGCUAGUGCCCUUGGCCUCUUCAGCACCGCAUGUGUGGAGGAUUACUGUGCCAGUAAAUUUGGGGCAGUUGGCUUCCACGAAUCACUGACCCAUGAGCUCUUAGCAGAGGAAAUGGAUGGCAUAAAAACCACUCUAGUUUGCCCAUACAUUGUGGACACUGGGAUGUUUUCCGGCUGCGAGAUAAGGAAGGAGCUCCGAAGUCUCAUCCCACCAUUGGAGCCUCUGUACACAGUUCAGCAGUCCAUGACAGCCAUUUUAGCUGAACAGCAAAUGAUCUGCAUCCCUCGACUUAUGUACAUCCCAUUUGUGACUCGAGCUUUACUACCAUGGGAUGCAAAUGUUGCAACUUAUCGCUUCAUGGGAGGAGACAAAUGCAUGCUACCCUUCAUCAAGAAUGUUGAACAGAGGACAUCUAAUGGCCAUAUUAAAUCUUACUGA